AUGGAGCCGCCACGCAAGAAGAAAAAGAAGGGCAACAAAAUAGGUAAAAGUAAGCUAUCUUUCGGAGAUGAUGACAACGAAGCCGAAGCCGAAGACUCGGCCGGCAUGUCACAGAGCGGAGGAGAAACUCGCUCCCCCUCCAAGGGCUUGAAUGACGGCACUCCCCAAUCCCGUGUGCGGAAACUCGCGCCGAAUCCCCAUCUGUCAGUGCCGGCACCUAAAGCCAUGACGAAAGCAUCACUCGAAGCUGAAGCUCAAAUGCGUGAUAAUCUCCGAAAGGAAUUUCUAACAAUUCAAGAGAAAGUCAAGGCUACUGACAUACUCAUUCCGUUUAUCUUUUACGACGGGACAAAUAUUCCAGCCGGAAAGGUGAAGGUCAAAAAAGGCGACCCUGUCUGGCUUUUCCUCGACCGCUGUCGUAAAGUUGGAGCAGAGCUCGGCGUUGGGGGCGCAGGUGGUGGAAAAGGACGGAAAGAUAAUCGCAGGGAAUGGGCGAGGGUCGGGGUGGACGAUUUAAUGUUGAUACGAGGGGAUGUUAUUAUACCUCAUCAUUAUGAGUUUUACUAUUUCAUCGCCAAUCGAGUCCCGUCCUUUUCAAACGCCAGUGGAUUGCUAUUCGAUUAUUCAAACACGGCCCCUCCCGAAACUGAAGAAGGGUCACCUUCCCAAAUCGAAGGAGCGGAUACAGACCCUACCAUUACCAAGGUCGUUGAUAGAAGGUGGUUCGAAAGGAACAAACAUAUAUUCCCAGCGAGUUUGUGGCGCGAAUUUGAACCAGGGAAAGAUUUUGAGGAAAAGAUGCGAGGCGUCAGACGGGACAACCAAGGAAACACGUUCUUCUUUUGA